UCUCAGGCCAUCUUGGCGGCUCCGACGACCCGCGACGGCAGCCGCCCCUUCCAGGCCCAAGUAGCGUGGGCAGGUAGACGGGUCAACCUUGGUGUUCCCCGACGGUCUGAGACAUCUGAAUGUCGAAACCACUUCCGCUCGACGGGCUGGUCGAAUUCGUAGCCAUGCUGUUGUUUUGUGUAGUUCUGCCACGUUAUGUCGUCUUCCUCCUCCUCCCUCUUCGCGGCCGAGGGCGUUCCCGAGCAGGCGGACACCACCGAGGAGCCCGCCGAACUGGUCCAGGCAGACACCACGGAGGAGCCCGCGGAGCUGGUCGAGGCGGGCACGACGGAGGAGCCCACGGAACUGGUCCAUGAGGACAGCACAGAGGAACCCACAGAAUUGAUCCAGGCGGGCACCACCGAGGAACCUGCAGAGCUUGUCCAGGCGGACACAACCGAGGAGCCCGCCGAGCUGGUCCAGGCGGACACCACCGAGGAGCCAGCUGAGCUGGUCCAGGCGGACACCACCGAGGAGCCCGCCGAGCUGGUCCAGGCGGACACAAACGAGGAGCCCUCCGAGCUUGUCCAGGCGGACACCACCGAGGAGCCCGCCGAGCUGGUCCAGGCAGACACCACCGAGGAGGCCGCCGAGCUGGUCCAGGCGGACACCACAGAGGAACCCGCAGAAUUGGUCCAGGCGGACACCACCGAGAAACCUGCAGAGCUUGUCCAGGCGGACACAACCGAGGAGCCCGCCGAGCUGGUCCAGGCGGACACCACCGAGGAGCCAGCUGAGCUGGUCCAGGCGGACACCACCGAGGAGCCCGCCGAGCUGGUCCAGGCUGACACAACCGAAGAGCCCGCCGAGCUGGUCCAGGCGGACAUCACCGAGGAGCCCGCCGAACUGGUCCAGGCAGACACCACGGAGGAGCCCGCGGAGCUGGUCCAGGCGGACACCACGGAGGAGCCCACGGAGCUGGUCCAGGAGGACACCCCCGACGAACGGAUGUCCGACGGACUCCUCGACGUCACGAAGGACUACGGGCGUUCGACUCCUCAGGGUCGCAUCUCGAACCGAAGGCUUGCUGCGGCCACCACGGCCAUUGCGAAGAUUCAGAGCUUGAUCGCGUUCGCCAAGAACAUUAGUGAUCAGGCCGAGACCAUGAUCAGCCAGGAUGGGUAUCUGUCGAAAGACGUCAAAGACUCCCUGAGCCACGUGGGCCUGAACAUGAAGCUCUUCAAGGACGGGAUGAGCAUGGUCCCGAAUCAGGAUCGCCUGUUGUUGAAGGUCAAGGAGCUCGAGGCGACGUCGACGGCCCUCGAGACCCCCUUGGCGACUCUCGGCUCCGUUUGAUGCGCGUCGCGCGUGCGGGGAGGCAAUCUCGCCGGGCCGCCCUCGACGCGCGAGCAUCGCAGGAGACAGCUCUGCGUGGUGGGGACCAGGAUCUCCGCCCUUCGCCCGCUCGCUGGCGGAAGUGCGGCACGGCGCGCCACAGCGCUCCUGGGAGGCCUCGGUGCCUGCAUGUGCCCCCCGCGGGGGUCCGGCACCUGCCCAGGCCAUCCCGUCCUCUGCUGCGUGCGCCUCCGGCGGCAGCUUCCCCUGCACAGCCCCGUCUGCACCUCCUCGCCCGUUCCUGGGGGAAGCGUCAGACUCGAGCAAGCCAGAACUCGGGUCUGCCGACUUCUCUUGACGAGCGCGUCGCCCCAUCUCCGCGGCAUUCGCCAGGUCAGAGUGUGCGCGUGUGGCUUUCUUGUGGGCUGCUGUCUUGCCCCCUGCAGACGGCAUCUGAACACCACAACCGUGCCUGGCCGGGACCAUCUUGGGCCCCAAUCUGGUGUGUACGCCCUCCUGGCACCGGCCAGGAGAGCGUAUCCACCAUGCCAGGGCCCAGUAUGGAUGCCUUCUGCGUAUGCCCCUUCUGCAAGGGUGAGAUACGGCGUGCCAGCCCAGUCUGGUCCGCACGGGCGUGACGUCACGAGCGCACGUGCCACCGCCUCGCCGCGCUCGUCUCGGCGCCGCUGGGCGCGAUGCGGGUGGUGUCGGCGUGGUCCGACUUUCGUUCCCGGAAAGCGAGGCACUCUGGAGAGUGAGAGGACGGAA